AUGGUUUCACGCGCCGAAGUCGCAGAUCAUCAUCAUCCUCGCUCUCGCUCCGUCUCCCAGUCUCGAGGCGCUCCCUCCAUCGUCUCAAGAAAUUCCCGCUCACGACACCAUCACCAGCGGGGACGGUCGCAUUAUGGAGGGACGUCCCACGUUCCGCAGAACGAAUUCCCCUUCUUCUCACACACCGGUGAUGUGGAGAUUGUAAUUGCCUGCGAUGGACAAGAGAAGAGAUAUCUCCUCCACAGCUUCACGUUGGCUCAGUUUGCAGGCUUCUUUGCCGAGGAGACCACAAGAGGUCAGCCGCAGAGCCGUCCAACCGAUGGCGCCUCGUCGAGGCCUGGCCAGGCAUUGAGUGUCAUUGGGGAGGAGUCGUCUCAGGUCAGUACGACGGCCGGUCCUUCGGCUGCUGGCCCACAGCCACCGGCACUACCCUCCGCAUCACAACGGCAACGAUGGCGGUUCGAGUUGGACUGGGAGAAUCUGGAGGAAGACGAGGAGCCCAUCCUGGUCCAAAAGACGCCAGAAAACAACCUGUUCGCGCCAGGACCGGCUCCUCCCCAGCCGGAUCGUCCAAGAACCGAGCGGGCGCAUUCAUCGUCCUUUUUCCGCUCCAUGGCGAAUCUAGCCCUCUCCCACCGUGGACCGGCCUCACAGUCUUCAGCCGAAUUGGCCGUGACGGCACCGGACGCGUCUCUCACAAACCCGCUGGUCCGAGACUACGACAAUCUUUUCCGCAUCUUCUACAACUACCCACCCGUCCUGAACUCGACGAACAUUGCUUCGGCCUAUUCGGAAUGCAAAGCCCUUCUGUCUCUGGCAGACAUGUACGACGCCUUGCCCGUGGUUGGCCCUCGAAUCGACCACCAUUUACUGCGGUUUUCAUCCCGCUUGUUCAAGCAGAUUGCCAAGUACCCGCCAUCAUAUCUGAAACUUGGCUAUCUUGCCCGGAGUCGAAUCAUCUUCUCAGAAGCCCUGACACACGUCGUGGGCCAAUGGCCCGCUGCCCUUCCCUACAUCAAACCACCCGACCAUUCUGGCGGGGGUUAUGAAGUUCCACAGUCAGUCAUCGACCUCAUUGAGGACAAAGUCGACGAGCUCGAAGAACUGAAACAACGAAUCGAGACGAAACUAUUCAGGUUGACACUAACAACCAGUCGCGGCGAGAGGGUCAACCCGUCGAACGACUAUCUGGGCUGGCUAGCAAUGUCGCUGUGGCGGCAAUGGCUUGCCGAGAAUACCACACCCGAAGUCCGGGGCAUCCUGAAGAAUCCGCCCAACUCACGUCCUGGUAGCGGGAAUAGCAAUGCGCCUCCCCGUCUGCCGGCUCCUCGCCCCAGUGUAGAACGCAACAUGCCACCUCCGCCGCCGUAUCAGCCUCACCCACCUCCCGUCGUCCACGCGCACCAGUCCAGCGCCAUAGCCACGGGUCGCAUCUUCCGCCUCAUCGCCUCCACUAACCCCGACACGUUCCUGCCCCACGACGAACUCAAGCGCUUCCUCAAACUUACGCCACCUUCCACCAGUCAGUCUCUGUACACCCGCGACAAUCUUCGCCGGUUCGAACGCAAGGUGGAUGAGAUCAAGAACGUCGCGAGGGAUGUAGUCAAGCCACUAGUGAGGAACUGUCUGGAGCUGGAUUUGCGGAGCCUUGCUGAUGGUGGAGGUGGUGGGCUGGGGUAUCUGACCUGUGUGAGGUGCGAGGAGGAUGAGUUGCCCUGGGAGCUAUGA